CAGGCAUCUACCUACUAUUCAGAUGUGGUCAAAUGCUGGUCAUCUCUCAAGUUUUAAGUUGGACUUCGCCCGUGUAUAUUUCUUAGGUGUCAGUCAGUCUCCGGCUACCAAAAAAAAAUGGAGACGGACCUCGGGAGAUAAGGAUUUUUUUGUGCUAAACCGAAUUGGUCGGACCAAGACUCUGCCACCUUGACUCCCGAGGUCUUAUCGACGGCCGAACUCGCUUCAAACAAACACCUUCAACACAUCUCGGCCUCAUUCAGGAUGGCCCCAACCACGGUCCAGGUCGUGUCCGGCCUUCUCGGCUGGUCGUACAUGCUCUGCUGGGCCGGCUCAUUCUACCCCCAGCCUAUCCUCAACAUCCGCCGCAAGACGACGCUGGGCUUCUCUAUCGACUUCGCCUUCCUCAAUAUCCUGGGCAUGGCCUCUUAUGCCAUCUACAAUAUCGCCCUAUACUCAUGGCCGACCGUCCGACACGAGUAUGCAGAGCGCUACCCCAGUCACCCGGAGCCAACGGUCCAGCUCAACGAUAUUGUGUAUGCGUCCCAUGGCGCGAUCCUUGCAGUGAUUAUCUACUCUCAAUUCUACCCUGCCCUCUGGGGAUUUACGACCACAAAGGGCUUAAGACUUAGCCGUGUGGGCCUUGGCCUGUUCUGGUGUUGCAAUGCUGCUAUCCUGUUGGCGGUGCUCGCGGUCCUGAUCAAGCCGGACUCUACAAGUUGGUCGUGGCUAGAUGUUAUAUUUGUCCUGGGAAAUGUCAAGUCCUUUCUUACCUUGGUGAAGUAUGCCCCACAGGCUGUGCUAAACUUCCAACGCAAGUCGACCGUGGGCAUGAGCAUUUUGCAGUUCAGCAUGGACCUCAUGGGAGGAAUCCUGUCCUUGGCGCAGCUGUUUCUGGACUCUGCCAGCACUGGGAACUGGUCAGCCGUGUCGUCGAACCCGGCCAAGUUUGUGCUGGGCAAUAUCACCGUCCUCUUCGAUCUUGUCUUCUUUUACCAGCACAUGGUUCUCUACAGAGGGUCGCGGAAAGAGUCUUCAAGUGGUCGCGACGGGGAAGUUGAUGAAAAUGAGCCACUGCUGCCUUCCCGCGAUGAUGGCCCUCAGGAGUAGGUCGGGGUGGGACGUGGCUCAUAUGACGGCAUAUGGGAGGACCAGUGGUUUUUCUUCUACUGCCCAUACAUACAAAGUGUAAAUAUGCGGUGCAUUCCAAUGUUCAUACAGUGGUAAACGCUCAACGACUUGGCGGGUUAGACAUGGCCAGAGCAACGCGAUACACGGUCACAAGACAAACAUACUCAGAGAAGCGAAGACGGGUUUGAGGCGGAAUAAAGUACAGGCAUUUCGGCGGCUCUUACAUCGUUCUUGCCUGUUUCCACAGGUUCUUGCUUCGCGGCGUUGACAUUUGUGUGCGCUCAUGGUCGGGAUAACGAGAUCUUUUUUUACACGCAGUGAGCAAGGGCAAGUAAGUACCUAGGUAUUUAACGGUUUCGCAUUUA